AGUUUUGGGUUGGUUUUGUAGCUGACUUUGGCUGGUUUUGAGAAUUAGACUUGGCAACCCUCAUGUUUUCCCUCUUAACAUUUUGCAGCUGAGGUGACUGAGAGGCAGAGAUAAUGGAUUAGACAGGGGACAGUAAUAAUAGUGGCAGCUCCAGUCCCACAGGCCUUUCCCUUUUCCCUCAGGAUUUGUGCGAAGCAGCAGCAGCGGCGGAGUAAAAAGGUUUGGGCAGGAGACACCACAGAACUGGGUCGGAGCAGCUCGGUGACUGUUAAUGUCCCAUCGACUCCCAUUUACACGCGCCUCGCAGGCAUAUGAGCACAAGGCAGGAAAAGAGAAGCGAGGUCACAUGAGCAUCAGUCCCAGCCCCCUCCCCGGCAGCCCGUGUCUCGCUCCAUCUCCCAAGAUGAUGCUUCUGGGAGCUGCGCUUCUCCCUCACACUGGCUCGGCAGCAACAUCCCUGGUCAAUGUGCCCUGCCCGACCCCUCAGUAACUAGUCCUUGUCUCUCCGCCUCGCACAGGCUGCUGAUAUGGAGGGGGCACAUGCCAGUCUGUGCGGCGGAGUGAUGCAACAUGGGCACAACGCUGUGAAUUGCCUGUGACAGGGGAGCUCCACUAUCAGAAUGGAACAUGAAGCGACCCAACUUGAAAAGCAACAUGUUCAUAGUGUGUAUGAAAGCACAGCCCCUUACUUCAAUGAAGUGCAAAGUAAAGCCUGGCCAAAGGUGCGCCAGUUUCUUCUGGAACAAGAGCCUGGCAGUCUCAUUGUGGACAUAGGAUGUGGUACUGGGAAAUAUCUGAGUGUUAACAGUGAAAUAUACAAUCUGGGAUGUGAUUACUGCAAGCCACUAGUGGAAAUUGCCAAGAAUAACAAACAUGAAGUUAUGGUAUGUGACAAUCUGAAUCUGCCAUUCAGAGACCAGUGCUUCGACACAGUCAUUUCCAUUGGUGUGAUUCAUCAUUUCUCCACUAAGCAAAGAAGAAUCCAAGCAAUAAAGGAAAUGGCUAGGACAUUAGUUCCAGGAGGUCGGAUUAUGCUGUACGUUUGGGCAAUGGAACAAAAGAGUCGUCGCUUUGAAAAGCAAGAUGUAUUUGUGCCCUGGAACAAAGCAUUGCUGCCUCGACGUCCUUCUGAAACCAACCAGCCUGAAAAUAAAAUGAAUAUUAACCAUAAUGAUAAGCUACUGGACACAACACCAAAACAAAUAGUAGGGCUGGAAAGGACUGAAAUGAUUAAUAUAGGGAAUUGUAAGCAAUCACACAAAACGGGCAACUGCAUAUCCACAGAAUCCUGCUGUAUUACUUUUCCAAAUGAUGAAAGCAGACUUUACAGUUCCAUAGGUCGAUCACUCCGUUCAUGGUUUUUCUCUCGAUCGCUCGAUGAAUCUGCCUUGAGAAGGCAUCUUGACAAGAUGAAGUGUCUCAGCCAAGUCGGUGGAUGGGUGAACAGCCCUGUAUCUGUCCAGCCUUCUCGGCACUGCAGCGUCGAUCUUGGGCAUGAAAGGUUAUUUAUGAAGAAACAUAGCUUUGAUGAUGAUGUAUUUAUUCAAAAUAAACCACAAAAUAAUACUCAGUGGAUCAUAGCUUUAAAUGCUGGACAAAAUGAAAAUGGGAAGUUCUGUGAACUUGAUCCUAGAGACCCAAAGCAAGUUCCCAAACAGGUAGAAGAAACGUACAGUAACUAUAUUGGCAGCAAUGAAGAUAGACAGCCUACACAUUGUAAAUUAUUAAAACGAACAUCAACAACAGAAUCAAAUGAUUCCAUUUUGGAUGAAACUAUAUCGGUUGGGGAAGAGGAGAAUGAUCAAAGUGAUUCCAAAGCAUUCAUGAGAUACUACCAUGUGUUCCGGGAGGGGGAGCUUAGCAGUCUGCUGGAAACAGAUGUACCAGAACUUCAAAUUGCAAGCUCCUGCUUUGACCAUGGCAACUGGUGCAUUGUUGCAGAGAAGAAAAAUAUUAGCAAUCAUGAUGUUCAGAUUUAGGAAAGUUGUAUUAGAGAUGCAAUUAAACUGUAGCUUUUUGUCUUAUCACACAAAAUGGGGUAGUUAUUUCAAAUACAAUUUACAUGCUUAAAGUGUCUCACAAAAAUAAAGGCUACUAGAUUAA